AUGCGGUUGAUGCAAACCUCUACCAGAUUUAGGAGAAAUUCCGGUUUUGGACAGUCUUAUGAUGGAGCGGCCAGCAUGCAAGGUAAAUACAACGGGCUACAGACUAAAAUCAAAGAGGUAAUAUUUGUUUGGUGUCAUGCYCAUAGACUUGAUUUGAUAAUAACUUCUGCAGUUGGUUCAUGUGCUAAAUCUGUUGAUUUAUUUGGAAAUAUGGAGAAACUUUUUACUUUUAUCAGUUGUAGUAAGAAGCGAAUUUCCAUGUAUCGUGAAAAACAAAAAAAAUUAUAUCCAAAUGCACGUGUAAAGGCAUUAAAAAAAGUUGCAACCACAAGAUGGAUGUCUCAAGCUUAUGCUCUAACAACUGUGCUUGAAACACUGGAUUCCAUUUUAGAAACUUUAGAAGAUAUAAAAAGUUUAGAAGGACAGGUUGAUUUUAAAACAGGUGCAGAAUUAAAACAAUUUGCCAAAGACAAUAAUUUUGAAUUUGAACUGACCUUACCAACAAGAAGACUUAGACGAGUUCCACAACAGCCYGGUGAAUUGUCUAACGAUGAACAAAUAAAUGAUCCUGUGAUGGCUUAUAAAGUAAACACAUAA